AAGCGGGUGGGCUCCAGCAAGUCCCUGGUGAUCAUCAGCACCCUGGACGGGCGCAUCUCUGCGUUGGAUCCUCACAAUCACGGCCGGAAGCAGUGGGACCUGGACGUGGGCUCCGGGUGUCUGGUGUCAUCCAGUCUCAGCAAACCCGAGGUGUUCGGCAGCAAGAUGGUGAUCCCGUCUCUGGACGGUGCCCUGUUCCAGUGGAACCGUGACCGCGAGAGUAUGGAGGCUGUGCCUUUCAGUGUGGAGUCUCUGCUGGAGUCGUCGUACCGCAUCGGUGACGACACCGUCCUGGUGGGCGGCAAGGCGCUCACCACCUAUGGCCUGGGCGCCUACAGCGGCAAGCUCCGCUACAUCUGUUCCGCGGUGGGCUGCAGCCGCUGGGGCGCUGAAGAAACGGAGGGCGAAGACGUGCUCCUGCUUCAGAGGACCCAGAAGACUGUCCGAGCCAUCAGGCCUCGCUCGGGAAUCGAAAAGUGGAACUUCAGUGUGGGAAACUUUGAGCUGAAAUUCCUUCCCGAGGCGCAGUCAGCUUUCGACUUCUUGGAAGGGGAGGUGGCCAACGGCGACUCCAACUGGUGGGGGGCACGCCAGAGAAUUAUCGUGGAGGAUUCCAGGGAGCACGACCGCGACCUGGACCUGGUCAUCAAAGUGUCCGUCCCCGAUUGGAAGGUGAUGGCCUUCAGCGCCGCGCCUGACGGACACCUGGUUUGGGAACAUCAGUUCUGUACGCCUAUCGCCUCUGCCUGGCUGGUGGGCGCGGGCAAAGUCUCCCCGAUCAGCCUGUUUGACGACACGGCCUACGGCAAGCGGUCGGACACCGACGAGGAGGACGGCGACGUACGCGACAAUCCGGACCACCGAUCCAAAGACGCUUCGGCGUCCAGCGUUUACCUGGGGAUGUUCCAGGGCCAACUCUACCUCCAGUCCUCGGUGAGGAUGGCCGAAAAGUUCCCGUCGAAAGCCAUCGCGUCCGAGAAGGACAUGGUUCCGCUUCCCACUGUCAAGUGGAAGCCUCUCAUACAUUCCCCAUCACGAACCCCGGCCUUGGUCGGCUCCGACGAGUUCGACAAGUGCCUGAACAACGACAAGUUCUCGCACGACGAGUACAGUAACGGCGCCCUGUCGGUCCUGCAGUACCCCUACGACAACGGGUACUACUACCCAUACGGCAAGCGGUAUCGGCAGAAGCGGGACAGCGCAGUCAGCGUGAUCAAAAGGAGCGGGAUGCAAACAGAACGCGGCAGGAACAAAGACCCCGUGCUGCUGCUGCCCUGGUGGAAGGAGAUGCUGGGCACCAUCAUCUUCUGUAUCGCCGCCACCACCUACAUCGUGCGCAAGUUCUUCCACCCGUCAGCGCCGGUCGGCAUGAGGCAACGUAAGGAGUCGGAGACGCAGUGCCAGACCGACAAGAGCGACCUGGAGGUGGCAGAAUCUAAAGAGCCGGUUUCCGAAGAGACUCGCUCCACUAAAUACGUGUCCAGGUACCUGACGGACUUUGAGCCUGUGCAGUGCCUCGGCCGUGGGGGCUUCGGUGUGGUCUUCCAAGCGCGAAACAAAGUGGACGACUGCAACUACGCCAUCAAGAGGAUCAGACUGCCCGACAGGGAGUUGGCGCGCGAGAAGGUGAUGCGGGAGGUGAAGGCGCUUGCCAAGCUGGAGCAUCCCGGCAUCAUCCGCUACUUCAACGCCUGGCAGGAGAGCCCCCCCGAGGGCUGGCAGGAGGAGAUGGACCACAGGUGGCUGCAAGACAAUAGUGCCACCGAGUCACCCGUGAGUUUCGCCGAUCACGUGGAGGCGCUGUCCGUCAAAGUCCCCGUUUUGGAUCGGCUGUCGAGGGGAAGCGGCUCGGACGCCGGCGCUGGUGAGGUGUCCUCCCUCCUCCUUCCGGAAGGGGAGCCGGAAACCUCAGACGCGCCAGACUCCUCGGAUCCGAGCUGGCCGCGACGCCCCGGCGACUUCACCUCGUCCUCGUUCGACGUCGUCUUCGAGGACUCCGUUCGAGACCGGGACAUAGAGGAGCAAGACAGGGCUUCCGGUGUGGCCCAUACGGACCUGUCCGACGUUGGGGAGGACACUGGGGAUGGCGAUCGGUCAUCCCUGAGCACCCCGGAGGCGGAAAUCAGCCGGCCCGCCUCUUCCUCGCCUCCUCGGCCCAAUUGGCUGGCCCUGGCUCCGCCCGCGGCUGCUCCUGCCCAGCGGGCUCAACCUUCUCCAAAGGUGUAUCUGUACAUUCAAAUGCAGCUGUGCCGCAAGGAGAACCUGAAGGACUGGAUGGCUCGACGCCGACUCCCCGAGCAGAGGGAGCGCGAGCACUGUCUGGACAUUUUCCUCCAGAUCGCCGAAGCCGUCGACUUCCUGCACAGCAAGGGCCUCAUGCACAGGGACCUCAAGCCUUCCAACAUCUUCUUCACGGUGGACGACGUGGUGAAGGUGGGCGACCUUGGCCUGGUGACGGCCAUGGAGCACGAGGAGGACGAGCGCCAGCGCUCCGCCCUCACCCCAGCGCCACUCCUCACACGGCACACCGGGCAGGUCGGCACCAAACUCUACAUGAGCCCUGAGCAGCUCUCAGGACAAUCCUACUCGCACAAAGUGGACAUUUACUCCCUGGGCCUGAUCCUCUUCGAGCUGCUCCACCCCUUUAGGACGCAGAUGGAAAGAGUCAGGACGUUGACGGAGGUGCGGUCGUUGUGCUUCCCAGAGUCCUUCUCCAGAAACAACUCGCAUGAGCUGAGCAUGGUGCUGAGCAUGCUGUCGCCGAGCCCUGGCGAGCGGCCCGAGGCGGCAGCCAUCACCAGCCUGCCGCUCUUCCGGGAGCUACCGUGUCAGCAGGUCGCCGCGCGUCAGCGCCCACGUACGUACAGCGCAUCCUCCUCUUCGUCGACGUCCUCCUCUUCCGGCGGCGGAGUGGGAAGGACGGCCACCGGGCUCCCCUGCCCCAACUGA